AUGUCCGCUUUGGCAUCGAAAUUGUUCUCAAAAUGUGUCAUCGGACGAGCUCUUCAAGCUCAAACUGUUCGUCAAUUUUCCGCUUAUCCAAUUGAUGACACGAUGUUUGGACUUAAUGAGGAGGAGAUUGCUCUACGUCAAUCGAUCCGUCAAUUCGCCGACAAAGAACUCGCUCCGUUCGCCGACAAGAUUGACAAGGACAACGGAUGGGAUCAAUUGCGGCCAUUCUGGAAAAAGCUUGGAGAUCAGGGACUCCUCGGAAUCACUGCUCCAGCCGAGUAUGGUGGAUCCGCGAUGAACUACUUCUCCCACGUCAUCGCAAUGGAGGAAUUGUCUCGUGCUGCCGGAGGAAUUGCUCUUUCUUAUGGAGCUCAUUCGAAUCUUUGUGUCAACCAGAUCUGCCGCAACGGAUCAGAGGAGCAAAAGAAGAAGUAUCUUCCAAAGCUCAUUUCUGGAGAGCACAUGGGAGCACUCGCCAUGUCGGAAGCUCAAGCCGGUUCUGACGUCGUUAGCAUGAAGUUGCGCGCUGAGAAGAAAGGGGAUAAAUACAUUCUGAACGGAACCAAAUUCUGGAUUACCAACGGACCAGAUGCUGAUGUUCUCGUUGUCUACGCAAAGACUGAUCCAUCGAAACAUCAACAUGGAAUCACUUGUUUCCUCGUCGAGAAGAACACUCCAGGAUUUAGUCAAUCACCAAAACUCGAUAAACUCGGAAUGCGUGGAUCGAACACUUGUGAAUUGGUAUUCGAUAAUUGCGAGAUUCAUGAAAGCCAAAUUAUGGGAGGAGUUGGAAAAGGAGUUUACGUUUUGAUGACUGGAUUGGAUUACGAGAGAUUGGUUCUGUCGGGAGGACCAUUGGGAUUGAUGCAAGCCGCCUGUGAUAUCGCUUUUGAUUAUGCUCAUCAGAGAACUGCUUUCGGACAAAAGAUUGGAUCAUUCCAGCUCCUCCAAGGAAAGCUUGCUGAUAUGUACACGACUCUCAACGCUUCCCGCUCUUAUCUCUACAUGGUCGCCAAGGCUGCCGACAAAGGAACAGUCUCGAACAAGGAUUGUGCUGGAGUCAUCCUUUACGUUGCUGAGAAAUGUACUCAAGUUUGUCUCGAUGCCAUUCAAAUUCUCGGAGGAAAUGGAUACAUCAACGAUUAUCCAGCUGGAAGACUUCUUCGUGACGCAAAGCUUUAUGAAAUCGGUGCCGGAACCAGUGAAGUCCGUCGUUUGAUUAUCGGACGUGCUCUCAACAAGGAAUACUCCACCUAA